AAAUCAGUUGGCCAAACAAAACCAAUCCGAAUCAUAUUAAGUGAUUGAUUGGAGGGAGAAGCAGUAGCAGGAUAUUCUAGUGCCUGAACAGUAUGUCCAAAAUACUUUGGGGAAGAACCAAAUCCAGAAACCUGGAAGUGGAACAUUGGAUGCACUCUUUAGAAGAAGUCGAACAAGUGGUCAAGUCAGUGGAACCCAAGUUGGUUUCUACCACAGCGAAAUGGAAAGGAAUUGCACAAAACUGCAAAGAUAUAGCUACCGACCUGUGUCAAAUAUUCAAUAAGAACGACCCACAUUAUGAAGUUUUGUUGGCUUCUUAUACUUGUUCGAGAAAAUUUGAAGAUGAACAACACCAGGUAACCAAAACCAACCAACUUAGAGAUAGAGCAGUGGAGAGAUUGCGCCAUUAUUUAUCAGAAAUUCAACAACUAAAGGCACAGAUUGUUGAAGAACACAAGUUGCGGACAAGACUAGAGCACUACCAAGCAAAAGUGAAAGACUUGGAAAACAGGCACUCUGAUAGCAACAAGCUGGAACGAAAUAUUGCCAAAUUGAAGGAUGUGGACAACCGUUAUAGAAACUUUACCUACGAGCUAACCAAACAGAUGGAAGUAUGUUGGAAGAAACAUGUUUCUUUAUUUGCUGAAGCUUGUGUGGCGUUGUGGUAUACAGAGUUUAGUCUUUCAGCUAAAUUGUUCGAGUCUGCAGAAUCUAUUCGACCAUUCAUAGCAAGACAUUUACAUUCUCUUCAUGACAAUAGUGCCCAUCAACAUUCCCAUAUACUUACAGUGGCCGUUUCACAGGUUGAUAAUAAUCAUAAUGAUGAUGAUGAUUAUGGUCAAAUAGAGCAACAAAGUCCCAUAUCGGAAGAAGCAUUUGGCUCAUUGGAAUGUAACUCUUUAGAUGCCACAACUUCACAACUGGACAGAACCCAUUUAUUGGAUCAUGUGUGGAGAAUGAGCUCUGUUUUGAACAGUAGUAGCAGUAGUAAUAAUAGCAGCUAUAGGCAUCCUGAACAACCCAACACGUCAAGUAUAGGAAGAUCGACCAAACAAGGAAAUAGUAAUGAAGCAUAUUCUGCAGUUUCACAAAGUCCUCAAACCAAUCUGUAACUUGGUCAAAAUGGAGGGUUUGAAAGC